AAAUAAUUGGGCGCAACUGCCGCUGUCUAUGUCGAGCCAACCACGCCAUAUGACCCAUGCUGGCGCUGCUCAGUACAGCACUGCACCUCUCACGGCCGCGGACUACUCUCUCGAGGCGCACAACCCGACCGCCGUUGACGCCAUGGCCUCCGCACCGCAGACGACUACGUACCCUCCGCCGCCUGUGUUGACGUACAACAGCCGCCCGCAGGCGACCGGGAGCCCGAUCUCGUCGGCGCGCUCGUGGAUCACCGUGCCGUGCCAGAACCCGUCGGCCGCGCCGUGCCAUCGGUCGCUGCACGUCUGCGCAGUCCAUAAGGACUCGAUGUACAUCUUUGGCGGCUACGACGGCUCGAACCGUGUCAACGACUUUUUCGAGUACAACUUCAAGCGCAAGGUGUGGGCGCAGGUGCUCGCGAUCGGGAUCCCGCCGACGCCGCGCGACCGCCACGUCGCUGUCGUGUACAAGGACUCGUUCUACGUCUUUGCGGGCUUUGACGGAAGCUCGCGCGUCAACGACUUUGUCGAAUUCAACUUUGUGACGCAAAAGUGGAGCCCCGUGGCCGUCGCGUCGGGCAUGCCACCGAGUCCGCGCCACAGCCACGCCGCCGUCGUCUACGACAAGUCGCUCUUCUGCUUUGGCGGCUACGACGGCAGCUACCGCAACGACUUUUACGAGUUCAAUUUCGAAACCUGCGUCUGGUCGCAAGUUGCGGCCACUGGGCGGUUCCCGCGCCCGCGCUACCGCGCGUCGCUCGUGACCCACAAGUCGACGUGCAUUCUCUUUGGCGGCCACGACGGGUCGCGCCACCUCAACGACGUCCAUGUCUUCAACUUUGCGCUGCGGUCGUGGUCGAUGCUGCCUGUGGAAGGGCCGGCGCCGAUUCCCCGCGACAGCCACGUGGCCGUCACACAUGGCAACGCGAUGUACAUCUUUGGCGGCUCGACGGGCAGCGCCAUGAACGACUUUCACGAACUCAACCUCGAAAACAAUGUGUGGCAGCCCAUGGCCUUCAACGGGCCGCCGCCCGGCCAGCGCUUCUGUCACGUCGGGUGCGUCUACGAUGACAGCCUCGCGAUCUUUGGCGGCUACGACGGCUCGAGUCGCCUCAACGACUUCAAGGAGUUUCGCUUUGGCGAGGAAGUCGAGCUCGAUAUCCCGCCGCCAUGCCUCGUCAACGACCUCCGCGACCUUGUUAACAACCAAACGAUGAGCGACAUCACGUUCCUCGUCGAGGGCGUGCCGAUUUAUGCCCACAAGAUUCUCUGCGUGCGCUGCAGCUACUUCAAGGCCAUGCUCACGGGCGAGAUGCUGGAGAGCCGCGCGCGCGAGGUCGUCGUCCCCGACGUGCGCAAGGUCAUCUUCCUCGCAUUCCUCGAGUACCUCUACACGGACCACGUGACGGUCGACGUGGAGACGGCCAUGGAGCUCUUUGUCACCGCCGAUCGCUACGGUGUGGACCGACUGAAGAAGAUCUGCGAGAGCAAAAUGCUGAGCUCGCUCUGCAUUGAAAACGCUGCCAGCAUCCUCCACGCCGCCGACAUGCACUCGGCAACGAUCCUCCGCGACCGCUGCAUCGCAUUUAUGCUCAACAACUUUGACGCAGUCACCAAGACGAACGCCUUUGAAGAAAUGGGCCGCACGAACGUCGAUCUCGUCUUCGAGCUCCUCAAGCGGCGCUAAGGAGGCCUGUGUGUACCCCAUCUUUUAAUAUAUACGUCUAUCCUUUGUCGCUA